AUGGUGUUUGGAGUGCGCAUAGUCUGCGCGGGGGCGUUUCUGGCGCUCGCGGCGGCCAAGGAAACCCGCGAAGUCUGCGAGCAGGUGCCUUACCAGGCUGCCGCGACUUGCUACCGCGACGUGGCCGUGAAGGAGGCGUACCCCUGCGACAAGGUGGAGAGCCGGCAAGUUUGCAAGUCCGUUCCUGUGCAAGUUCCCGACACUUGCACGCGCACAGUGACUCAGAAAGAGGCCUAUCCUUGUCCGCAAACUCAGUUCAAAACAGAAUGUUUUGAUGUCCCAAAGACCUGCCACCGCACGGAAGUCUCCCUCCAGAGCUUCCCCUGCGGCAAAGAGGAGUGCAGAAUGGUCCCCCGAGAAGUCCCUUCCACCUGCACUCGCCAAGUGCAGCAGCAGCAGCCUUAUCCCUGCCAAAAGACUCGCCAAGAAAGAGUUUGCGAACAAGUGCCUUUUCAAGUUGCAAAAACUUGUUUUCGCGAAGAAGUCAUUCAAGAAAACUACUCUUGUCCGAGAACAGAGUUCAAACAACAGUGCAAGAAUGUCCCUCAGUCCGUGAUGGAUGUUUGCCAAAAAACAGUUAUGGUUAAUGAGGAAUACAAGUGCAGCAAGACACAAAUGCAGCAGCAAUGCGAACAAGUCCCAGUUGAAGUCCCCGACACUUGUUAUGAAACUGUGGAGACAAAGAAACCCUAUAAAUGCAAAAAAACUGAAGUCCGCCAGCAGUGCAGAAAAGUCCCAGUGCAAGUCCCGAGCACUUGUACGAAAACUGUGAUGGUUAAGGAGGCUUACGAGUGCCCCAAGACGGAGUACAAGACCGAGUGCAGCACGGAAGACCCUGCUGCUGCUGCUGCUGCUGCUGCUGCUGCUGCUGCUGCGCCGCUGUGCAAGGGGAAGCACUGCAAGAUGCGGAGACUCAAGGCGGCCCCCACCUGCAGAACUGUCCCCUUCACUGUCUCCAAGACCUGCUUCCGCGAGGUGCCGCAGCAGCAGCAGCAGGACUGCAGCAAGACAGAGUUUGAAGAAGUUUGCGAACAAGUCCCUUUCGAAGUCCCCGACACUUGCUUCCAAACGGUGCAGCAGCAAAGGCCCUACAGCUGCAGCAAGACGCAGCUGCAGCAGCAGUGCCGCAGCGUGCCCGUGCAGGUGCCCAGCAGCUGCAGCAGACAAGUGCCGCAGCAGCAAAACUACCCCUGCCCGAAGCUGCAGCUGCAGCAGCAGUGCCAGCAGCUGCCAGUAACAGUUAAUGGCAUUUGUCAGAGACCAAAGACCAUCCAAGUCCCUUAUUCUUGUCCGGAGACACAGUUCAAAGAGCAGUGCCGCAUGCAGCCUGUCUCCUUCACUGACACGUGCAUGCGCGCCGUUGCUGCAGCAGAAGAAUACCCCUGCAGCAAAACGGUGCAGCAAAAAGAAUGCAAGUUCGUGGAGAAGACCUGCAGCAAAAGUGUCCCCGUUCAAGUCCCCUUUGACUGUCCAAAAAGGGAAUGCAAACAAGUCCCUUUUGCUGUCGAAAAAACUUGCUUCCGAGAGGUGCCGCAGCAGCAGCAGUUCGACUGCAGCAAGACGCAGCUGCAGCAGCAGUGCCAGCAGCAAAACUUCACUGUCUCCAAAACCUGCUACAACGAAGUCCUCAAGCAGCAGCCCUACCCCUGCACGGAGACCAAGUACACCACCAAGUGCCGCCAAGUUGCUGCUGCUCCUGCUGCUGCUGCUGCGCCGCUGCUGCUGCAGUCCAAGGCCCCCGUGCUGCCUGCUGCUGCUGUUGCUGCUUCCAAGGAACCUGCUGCUGCUGCUGCUGCAGCAGAACUCCCACUCGCCCUCUCCAAGGAGGCCCCCGCGCCCCUCGCCAUGGCUGUCUCCAAGGAGACUCCAAUGGUCCUCUCCUCCAAGGUCUAA